GACGAUCGAGCACGGAUUUUCAGUGUUUCCUAAGGGACUACCCCAGACACAAUUGCUCGCGUGUGAACGCUACAUGAUCAUAUCCUGUUUCGCUACGUAGUUCCCAUGACUUCAAGACUUUCUACCACGUGCAAGUUACCUACCUUUCUGACUAUCUGCAUAUUAUCAUGGUAUAUGGGUUUUGUGUCAUGCCAUCAUCAGGAAUGGCAUCUUGAAACUACUCUUUUUGAGGACGGAGAAAACCAGCAUCCGGCAACCAGCCCAAGAGCAAAAGAAGCUUACUUCACCGGCAUUUUUACUUCGCGGCGGGACCAGCCUUCAUCGGUACCGCUACGUCAGCCCCUCCGACGAAUAGCCCGUCACUCAGCCGAAGCGCCCCUUUCAAGACGACUAGCUCUGCUUGGAAUGGGACGAUUCCACUUUAUCAGACAAGGAUUUCACACGCUAUCGCUCCCUCAAAGCAAAGCACUAUUUUCAACAAGUGGAAGGCAGCCGAGCAUCAAUGAUGUGUUUCGGAAUUGGAAAUCAGCUAUUGCCAACCAGAUGUCAGGACGUACACAUGGCAAAGAUCUUGUUGUUAUACUAACACGACGUCUCCUUACGGAUGCCCAUGGAAAUGAAGCUUCUGGUUUUGCGAUUAAAGGAAGUGUAUGCACUCCAAACAAUGUUGUGUUGGUGAAAGACGACGGAGUGUACUCAGCUGUGGAUAAGCUUGCCAAGGUCAUUGUGCACGCACUUGGCGUAGAUGUGGAUGGUUCUGGCGCUGCCAGUCGCUGUUCAGCCCGUGAUGGAUACCUCAUGGGAAAAGGAAAACUGAAGGUUCCUUUGAGCUUCUCACCAUGUACCAAGUCUCUUCUCCCUGCAGCUUUAAGGAAGCUCCCCUGCCUUAAAAGCAGGAUCACCCACAGGGCUGGAAAGGAUAUACCUAUGCCCGAAAAGAUUAAAAGAUCAGCAUAUUGCUCUGCGUUACGUUCAACUAACUGCGACGAUGCGGGAACCGAGAGCCUCGCGCACAAGCAACCCAUAAAGUACGAAUGCUUUGCUUACUGCUGCAAGGGCCUUGCAACAAUGAAUGGAAAUGUCGCACCUGAUGGACUUGAGUGCGGUGACAAUUCUUUCAAGGCUUACGAUAGAAGAUGUAUAAACGGAGUAUGCGUGCAAAUACGGUGAGCAUAAACUUGCUCCAGGCGUAUCAAACGGACUCCCAUUUCCAAUGAAACCUAAAGACCCGAAAUGAACCACCAAUAAAGGCUAUCGACAUGCUUUUAAGAUCACA